AUGACCAACCAAAGAAUUCAAGGACAAUGUUCUUCCUCAUCCUCUACACAACAACAAUUGCAACCCAUUUAUAGUCGACAAUUCCCACAACAACAACAAUUCUUACAACAGCAGCAAUUCUUACAACAGCAACAAUUCUUACAACAGCAGCAAUUCUUACAACGGCAGCAAUUCUUACAACAGCAGCAAUUCUUACAACAGCAGCAAUUCUCACAACAACAAUUUAUACAACAACAAUUCUCACAACAACAACAAUUUCCACAACAAUCUCCUCAACAACAAUUCUCACAACAGUCAUCAUUGCAAAAUGUUGGAACUAUUCAAAAUUUGCCACAACUGCCAGAAAUAAAAGACGAAGGUAUUAAACGACUUGCUUUGGGUUAUAAAUAUCACAAUGGAACAUGGGAAGUUUAUGAAUUUAUCGGUGAUAGAGUAUUGGAAGUAUGUGUGGUCAAAUUUUGUCUAACAAAUUUUUACAAAAGAACAAACGCAACAAAAAGUGACAUAAUGUCAGUAGUUAAAAUAUUGGUCUGUAACAGAGUCUUGGCUGCCUACUGUUUGGCACUGCGUCUGGAUGUCAGGAACGAUAUCCCAGAUGGCUGUCCUACUAAAGUACAUGCCGAUGCUUUUGAGACAUACAUUGCGGGUGUUUUUUUAGCAAAUGGUGAAUCAAGUACCACACAGUAUUUAGAGGACUUGAUGUCACCUUUGUUGAUAAUACUCCUCGGUAAUGUAAUGAAUCCUGCAAAGGAUAUUUUCUUAAUAAGCAAUUAUUUUGGCAUGGAAUGGAUAGCUGAGCCUUGA